AUGGACCACACGGAUGUCGAUGCGUUCAACGAUAAGACAGAUGAACCCCCUAUGGAAAGCGAAACUGAACAGCUGCUAGCAGAGAAAGAGGAAGAGCUGCUACCACUGAGACAGACUACCUCCCAUCCGUUUCAAAAAUGGAUGGACAGUUUCCGAGUACGCACACGGGUGCCUUCGACAACCCCAGAGCGAUAUGUCGAGAGCUGGUCAGAUUCCUCCCCACCCAACUUUUCACAACACAACUUGGCUGCUCGUCGAGACUCGUUGCGGUCGGGACAUUCAUCACAGUUAGGGACUGUCAAGACCACCACCGUUAGUAUCACUAGCCGCAGCUUCGGAAGAUCGAGAGGGGCGACCCAGAGUACCACUGGCAAGAGUAGCGUUUCGGAUACUCGAGACUCUGGCGAUAGCUCUCGCCCGACAUCGAGCCAACACGCUGAUGAGCAGGCAGACAUGCGUGCAAACAAGAGGCGUCAAGUGCUGCGGGAAAUGCUCGCGACUGAGGCCGAUUAUGUUCUAGGACUCAAGGCUCUCACAGAGGUUCUCUCAAUGUUCAACACCAGACCUCAGAUAUAUCACAACAUCCAGAAUAUUCGGAAGAUUCAUGAGCACUUCCUGAUCCAACUUCAAACUAUAUCCCCUAUGUCCUCUCCACAAGUCCCAAUUGGCGUGUCCGACGUGUCUCGCGGGCUCUCAAUGCGCCUGGGGGGUAUUGACCUACCUGGACUGAAAGGUAUGCAGAAUCGGUCCCUGAGAGCCCGAAACUUGAAAGCGACCAUGAACCAGCGACUCAAGGCUAUACAAGCAGAGCCGUUGGAGGCCCUCAAAGUUGCAUGCGCAGUGGAGAAAUUGUCGCUGUCUUUUUUUGCAUACGAGGAAUUUUGUAGUAACUAUGACCUGUUCACCCAAGAUUUGGCGAUUUUGCGGCGUUCCGUUCCAAACUGGGCAACGUAUGACCAGGGUAUUGAAGCGCUGUCCAAGUCAGUUGCCUCCGUGGAGAGUAGAAAACAUGAAGACAACAAGUCUAUGACUAUGAGCGACCUGAUGAUCAAGCCCAUCCAGCGACUGUGCAAGUAUCCACUCCUUCUUCAAGACCUGCUCCGACAUACCCCUGUUGGUGAUUGUCCUUCCUCCCAUGAUGGAAUUCGGCAGAUUUUGGAAAGCCUGCGCAUUUUGGUGGUCCGAAUCAAUUCGGCGACUGGGAAUCCCGUCAAAAAGGAUCGCAUUCAAAAGACCAUCCUCCUCCAAGGGAGAAUUGAGUUUUCUGAUUCGUACACAUUGCAGGAUGUAUAUCAAGAUCUGGGCCCAUUGACUCUGUGCGGCGUUCUCCAUGUCACCUACCAGACACCAGGCCACACGACUGGAGAAUUCAUGGCGUGUGUUCUUUUCAACUGCUAUAUAGUUCUUGCCAGAGAACUAGACGAUUUUCGUCGGUUGGAGGUCAUGGCUUGUAUCUACUUGGAUGACUUGAAAGAGGAAACUCUUCAAAACGGACACGGACUUUUCUGCUAUGGGUGCCCGUUUUCCUGGAAAUUCCAGUUCCAACGACAAGAAGAGAACUACGAGUUCGUGCUCAGUGCAUCAUGCGCAACUGAGGAGAGACUAUGGAAGACAGAGACCUUGAAAUGCUCUGCAGCGCUCGCUGGGAUGGCCAAGCCAGGCGGGUCCUGGGACCCCAGAAAGUAUACGAUCCUGAAGCUCCCGCUGGUACCAUUGGGCCGCGUGCAGUAUGCGGUGGCUUCCUUGGCCCGACGUUCAUCAAUGGACUCCACGGCGGUCACACGGAAGGCUAAGGUCCAGCAUGUGGUCAUCAAAAAGACGCAUUUCCCACACACCUUGGAGGAAACCACCAGUCCGUCACCCGAGGGGGAGAUCGAACGACCAAAGACAACGGCUGCACGAGGGUCCCUGACGGUGACUGCGAGACGGGUGGACCGAAUCCGACUCGAGCGACUGAUCUCGGAUGUUUACACCCGCGAUGUACUUCCUCUGCCGGGAAUGGUGCUCGGCCGAGGGGAUCUCUUCCGGCGUGGUUCGAUCAUGCAACGCCUCAGCCUCCAUGCUACCUUUACCAAACGAUCCAGGUCCGUCAGUACGGUUCAUUCUGGGCCGGUGCUCACCGAUGCACACUCCAUAGACCGUCACAGCAGGGAGGGGAGAGAAUUGGUGCCUACUCAUGAUGGGUGCGCCGACCAUCGCUCCUCGACAGAGCCGGACCGUGAGUCACCGAAAACACCCAUGUCCACACUUGGACGCUCGAGAACCCUUCGAUUUCAGAACACCCCCAAGCGGGCUUCAGAAUCGGCAUCUUCGCCACGCAGUGAGAAACGCCUCAGCCAGGAAAGCAGUUCUGGAACGUCUCCAUUACGGAAGAAAUGGACAUCUCCCAUCAGCCUGCUGAGUGCGCUCUCACCGAAGAAUUUGAUGCGGCCGCGACCCAACAUGGGGCAGGGGAACGGGCAGGAAGGUGAAGAAGAUCGUCAGCUAUUAUAG